AUGGCGUCGCAAGACCCUCUGUUGCUCCUUCGGCAGUCCAUCGCCGGCGGCGGCAAUAUCAUCCCGACUGCGUCUCCCGACUCGGAUGAAGAAGCACCGCUCUCGACCGCCACUCACUUGGUUCUCACCCAUCCAAACCGCGUCGCUUUGCCCAUCGAUGCACCCACGCGCUUCACGUCGGCCGAAGGCAAGGCCGUAGACCUGCGCAGCAUCUACUUUGCUUGGAUCAAUCGCGACUUCGCCAUCCCCGAGUACAACGCCGUUGCGACCAAACUCAACGAAGAGAUGGCCGGCCGUGCUUCCGUCCACAUGUUCGCCUUCGUCGAGCGCCUCGUUUUGUUCACCUUCCUUGAGGGCGCCAGUGAGGAGAGCGAGUUCAUCAAGCCCCUGCCUGGCGAGAAGGAUGCUUCCACGAAUGCCAGUGCCGCCGCUGCUGGCACUGCAUCUAAGAUUGUUAGCGCUGCCUUGAGUCGUUCGGGUCGCGGUACUCUGGACCCUCGUCUCGCGCAGAUUUACGGUGGUGAGCGCCAUAUGGGGGAUCGGAAUACUGUGCUGAGGGGGAUUAAGCCGACGGACUUCUCGCACGUCCGCAAGCUGGCUGCAGUUUUCAUGACCCGGAAGCCAGGCGCGCCGCCUCUCGCAGCGGGCAUUGGGUCCGGUACAGCGCUCUCUCUUAACCAGAAGCCGGCGCGCCGCCCCGAUCCCAUUAUCCUGCUAUCUCCUUCAGCUUCAUCGCUUCUGCGCAUGUCCAAUGCCAAGCAGUUCCUCGAAGGAGGUCGCUACACGCCCCCUGACCACAACUCUUCGCAAUCGAUGCUGCACGUUCAGCGUCUGAUGAAGGAUAUCGAUCCAUCGCGGCCGAUGCGUUUUAUCCUGGUCGAAGGACCCGAGCAGUUCAAGCCUGAGUACUGGAACCGUGUUGUUGCUGUCUUCACCACCGGCCAGACCUGGCAGUUCAAAAACUACCGCUGGAGUCAACCGGCUGAGCUGUUCAAACACGUCUUGGGCGUGUAUCUGGGGUGGCGCGGCGAGCAGCCUCCCGAGUCAAUCCGCGCGUUUGGUCACAGGGUGCUGACCUGCUUUGUGGAGAAGUGGCGCGACCCUAGCCAGGCAGGUGCUGAAACAAGCCGCUGGCGCGAUCGUGAGGUUGUUGAGAGCAUUUGGAAGGCUAUUGAAGUUAACAUGAGGGCUAAAGGUUGGCGCAAGGAUGCGGCGCCGACAUCUUUCUGA